AGAGGACGCCCGGUCGGCGGGUGGAUGAACGCGGUCUUCUGUAAUGGCGGAGCGUGGCGGGGACGGGGGGGACGGCGAGCGCUUCAACCCGGGGGAGCUCAGGAUGGCUCAACAGCAGGCCUUAAGGUUUCGAGGCCCAGCUCCCCCACCAAAUGCAGUGAUGCGAGGCCCACCACCUCUCAUGCGACCUCCUCCACCUUUUGGUAUGAUGCGAGGCCCUCCUCCACCACCUCGGCCCCCCUUUGGACGUCCUCCUUUUGAUCCUAAUAUGCCACCAAUGCCUCCUCCAGGAGGGAUUCCUCCACCUAUGGGCCCUCCACACCUUCAGAGACCGCCUUUCAUGCCUCCACCCAUGGGAACCAUGCCUCCUCCUCCGGGUAUGAUGUUUCCACCAGGAAUGCCUCCUGUGUCUGCCCCUGGUACUCCAGCACUGCCUCCUACUGAGGAGAUAUGGGUUGAAAAUAAAACGCCAGAUGGAAAGGUUUAUUAUUAUAAUGCUCGGACACGUGAAUCUGCCUGGAGCAAGCCAGAUGGAGUUAAGGUUAUUCAGCAGUCAGAACUGACACCUAUGCUUGCAGCCCAGGCACAGGUUCAGGCCCAGGCCCAGGCCCAGGCCCAGGCCCAAGCCCAAGCCCAAGCCCAGGCCCAGGCGCAGGCUCAGNNUCAGGCGCAGGCACAGGCACAGGCACAAGCCCAGGCUCAGGCCCAGGCCCAGGCUCAGGCUCAGGCUCAAGCACAGGCCCAGGCCCAGGCCCAGGCUCAAGCACAGGCCCAGGCCCAGGCCCAGGCCCAGGCACAAGUGCAAGCACAAGCAGUAGGAGCUUCCACCCCUACAACCAGUAGCCCAGCACCUGUAUCCACUUCAACAUCAUCAUCCACCCCAUCCUCUACCACUUCUACCACGACAACUGCCUCUUCGGUUUCGCAGACAGUAUCAACACCCACAACACAAGAUCAGACCCCAAGUUCUGCUGUUUCAGUUGCUACGCCUACAGUUAGUGUUUCAACUCCUGCUCCUACAGCCACACCUGUGCAAAACGUUCCCCAGCCGCACCCCCAGACGUUACCUCCUGCUGUCCCUCAUUCAGUACCUCAACCAGCAGCAGCAAUACCUGCUUUUCCACCAGUAAUGGUACCUCCGUUUCGUGUUCCCCUUCCUGGCAUGCCAAUUCCACUUCCAGGUGUAGCAAUGAUGCAAAUAGUCAGCUGCCCGUAUGUAAAGACAGUCGCUACCACCAAGACCGGUGUGUUGCCAGGAAUGGCCCCUCCUAUUGUACCCAUGAUACAUCCCCAGGUUGCUAUUGCAGCUUCACCUGCUACCUUAGCUGGAGCAACAGCUGUUUCUGAGUGGACUGAAUAUAAAACAGCAGAUGGGAAGACAUAUUAUUAUAAUAAUAGAACAUUAGAAUCAACCUGGGAAAAACCCCAAGAACUGAAAGAAAAAGAAAAAUUAGAAGAGAAGAUUAAAGAGCCAAUUAAAGAACCUUCUGAAGAACCUUUGCCAAUGGAAACGGAGGAGGAGGAUCCUAAAGAAGAGCCAAUAAAAGAGAUAAAAGAGGAGCCCAAAGAAGAAGAGAUGACUGAAGAAGAAAAGGCUGCCCAGAAGGCAAAGCCAGUAGCUACUACCCCUAUUCCUGGUACUCCAUGGUGUGUUGUUUGGACUGGUGACGAGCGGGUCUUCUUUUAUAAUCCUACCACCCGUCUUUCUAUGUGGGACCGACCUGAUGAUCUCAUUGGAAGAGCGGAUGUUGACAAAAUUAUUCAGGAGCCCCCUCAUAAAAGAGGAAUGGAAGAAUUGAGGAAGCUAAGGCAUCCAACCCCGACUAUGCUGUCCAUCCAAAAGUGGCAGUUCUCUAUGAGUGCAAUUAAGGAAGAACAAGAAUUAAUGGAAGAACUUAAUGAAGAUGAACCAGUUAAAGCCAAAAAACGGAAGAGAGACGAUAAUAAAGACAUUGAUUCAGACAAAGAAGCUGCAAUGGAAGCUGAAAUUAAAGCUGCCCGAGAAAGGGCCAUUGUCCCUCUGGAGGCCCGAAUGAAGCAGUUCAAGGACAUGCUGCUAGAAAGAGGGGUGUCUGCUUUUUCAACAUGGGAGAAGGAGUUGCACAAGAUAGUUUUUGAUCCUCGAUACUUACUUCUCAACCCUAAAGAACGAAAACAGGUAUUUGAUCAGUAUGUAAAGACUAGGGCAGAGGAAGAACGCAGGGAAAAGAAAAACAAAAUAAUGCAAGCCAAGGAAGAUUUCAAAAAAAUGAUGGAAGAAGCAAAAUUUAAUCCAAGAGCAACUUUUAGUGAAUUUGCAGCCAAGCAUGCUAAAGAUUCAAGAUUCAAAGCAAUUGAAAAGAUGAAAGAUCGAGAAGCCUUGUUUAAUGAAUUUGUGGCAGCUGCAAGAAAGAAAGAGAAAGAAGAUUCGAAGACCAGAGGUGAGAAGAUUAGAUCGGAUUUCUUUGAAUUAUUAUCUAAUCAUCACCUGGACAGUCAGUCUCGAUGGAGCAAAGUAAAAGACAAAGUAGAAAGUGAUCCACGUUACAAAGCAGUGGAUAGUUCAUCAAUGAGAGAAGACCUUUUCAAACAGUAUAUUGAAAAAAUAGCCAAGAAUUUAGACUCAGAAAAAGAAAAGGAGCUGGAAAGGCAAGCCCGCAUUGAAGCUAGCCUUAGGGAACGAGAGAGAGAGGUUCAGAAGGCUCGGUCCGAACAAACGAAAGAAAUAGAUCGAGAGAGAGAGCAGCACAAACGGGAAGAAGCUAUCCAGAACUUCAAGGCACUUCUGUCUGACAUGGUUCGUUCUUCAGAUGUGUCCUGGUCAGACACUCGCAGGACCCUCCGGAAAGAUCACCGCUGGGAGUCUGGAUCCUUGUUGGAGAGAGAGGAGAAAGAGAAGCUUUUUAAUGAACACAUUGAAGCACUUACCAAAAAGAAGAGGGAGCACUUUAGGCAACUUCUGGAUGAAACUUCCGCAAUUACCUUAACAUCCACAUGGAAAGAAGUAAAAAAAAUCAUCAAAGAAGACCCUCGGUGCAUUAAGUUCUCCUCCAGUGACAGGAAAAAACAAAGAGAGUUCGAAGAAUACAUCAGAGACAAAUACAUCACUGCCAAAGCCGACUUCAGGACGCUUUUGAAAGAGACCAAAUUUAUAACAUACAGAUCCAAAAAGCUAAUCCAGGAAUCUGAUCAGCACCUGAAAGACGUAGAAAAAAUUUUGCAGAACGACAAACGGUAUCUAGUACUAGACUGUGUGCCAGAGGAGAGGCGGAAACUGAUCGUGGCGUAUGUGGAUGACCUGGACCGCCGGGGCCCUCCGCCCCCUCCCACAGCGUCGGAGCCCACCCGACGAUCAACAAAAUAACCCUGCAUACUCUUCCAUGGGGUAUCUAUUACUUCAAAAUGCUUGCAUGAGCCAAUUUUCAGGUUUUUUACAUGUAUGUGCAUUAGUCAAACUAUUGCAAAACCAUCUGACGAACAGAAGGAGAAGCAUUCGUGAACAGUUGCUGAACAGAGAACACUUUGGAAAUAUUUAUGCUUUUCUUUGUGUGGCAUGACUGACAUACAUACUCAAAUAUAGGCUGUCUCUAGUAAAUCUAAAAUCUUGAAGCUAAAAAUCAUCCUUUUAUGAGGUGUGGAAGUCAGUGACUUUUGGUGACGUACUUUCUAGCAGUGUUAUACAUGCAAGACAUAAGAGCAUUUGUGGUUUGAACUUGCAAGAUACAAAUACCACAGACUCCCAAAAAAUCUAGGUUGGGGUUUGUUUUGAUUUUGUUUUUCAAAGCGGGUAAAAGAAAAAACACUGAAAAUGGAAUUCUUAUCUUCCAGAGGUUAAGAUUAUUAUAAUGGACAUACUUUUACCUUUGUCUCUAAAGAACACUUUAGUUUUAUUUGUUCACUUAUGAGCUUUGAUUAUCCCCUCUGAAUUAUAGGCCAAGUCUUGUUUAGCCUAAGAGAAGAUUUAUUUAGGAAGUUCUUCUCAGGUAUGGAACCACGGUCAUAACUAAUAUGUUGGCCAGAAUAGAACUGCUGGUUAAACACAUUCACCAUUAAGUGAUCUUUAUCAAUAUUCUGGAUUAGACAACAGAUUCUUUUUGGGUGUUCCCUGUAAACUGUACUCCUGUUUGAAUGUUAAACUUUUGUUUCUAAAGUUUAAUUUUAAGAUGUUUGAAUGUUCAGUUUAUGUAUUUGAACUACAAUAAACCAACCCUUUUUCUAUA